UAGUUAUGUAGUAUGCAGUUAGUAUAGAUAUAGAUAGAUAUAUACAGUGAGUAAGGAUGCAUAAUGUCUGGACAUUUCGAUCAGAGUGAUGUGCAUUCAGGAAUGAACAACAAGAUUUGAGGCAAUUUGAGGAAUUUCUCCUGAUUUCUCCGCAGCAGAGACCUGCAGGUGAGAGCUGUGUGAAAGACUGCACAGUGAGACGCAAGAGUGGUGCAAGUACGUCGAUUGACGAUUCAAGUUUGAAUCUUUAAAGUAAAGAUGCUGACUGUACAAAUAAGCACAGCUCGUGGAACGAAACAGAUUUUUACUACCAAUAGACAACUUAAAAUCGAUACAUUGCGCGAUUGCAUCCAAGGAUUAAUAGAGGACUUUUACGUUGUACACAAUGGAAGGCUUGUGAGUGCAGAUGCUAUUUGCUACGAUGGAUACGUUUCGAUCGUACCACGACUGUUCGGUGGGAAAGGUGGGUUUGGCUCCAUGCUGCGAGCGAUCGGAGCACAGAUCGAGAAGACCACGAAUCGCGAAGCUUGUCGAGACUUGAGCGGACGUCGACUUCGCGACAUCAACGAAGAAAAGAGGCUGAAAGCUUGGAUAGAGAAACAAGGAAAGCGAGAAGAGGAAGCGGUAGAACGUAAGAAGAAGAAAUUGGAGAGACUUUGUGCCGAACCAAAACACGAGUUUAAAGACCAGACUUACGAACGUGAGAGAUCGGCGCUCACGGAAAGACUUGGGGACGCGGUCGAGCAAGGCUUUAAGUUCGCCUCCACCGAUACAAAAAGGAAGAGGGGCAGCAGCAGCGAACAACAAUUUAGACCAAACAAGAAGAAAUUGUUGUUAGAUCUAGACAUCAACUCGGACGAAUUCGACACUUCGGAUGAGAGCGACGAGGAUGAAAAGAAAUGUGAAGAAAGUGGGAAAUCCAUCGAUGUAGAGCCGGUAUCGAACAAUGACGACAGUGGUCACUCUAGCGACGGGAGCAGAGGAUCUGUGCAAAAGACUGAGACAGAAGUUGAACGACCAAAAGGAAAUGCUGACGAUGAGAGUACUAAAAAGGACUCGAACGUUAGCAUGGAUGAAAAAACGGUUUCGGUAUGAAUCAGGUAGUUUUUUUUUUAUGGUAUCUAUGAAAAAUUUCCGUACAUAAUGAAAUGUAUUACGUUGCUUAGAAUUGUGAAACGCAGGAAGCAUGAAUAUUAAUUUUUAUAAUAAAAGUGAACAGACAAAAAAAGUUUAUUGUUCGUAGUACGUAUACAAUCGGUUAGAUCAACUUCCAGGCAGUCAAUUCACUGGCGAGUUUGAUUCCCACCGCGAACAAGGCCAUCGAUGCAACGAGUGAUUUUAUAUAGUUCCUAAGUAAUUCUUCGCACUUGUAUCUGUGAAUCCACUUACGAAGAUGUUUCGCGUAUCUCGAGGCAAGGAAAUACAACGAAUCAUUUCCUA